CACAACAGAAGUCUAUAGUCACAGUCUGCUCGCCGUCCCUCAGUACUUGACAUGAUAACACAGUGAACAGGGAGUACAACGCUACACCGGGAUUCAAGCAGGAAGACAACUCUCUGUGCGGUUUUUCCAUGUCAGAGACGUAGACUGCUCGGGUAGCUAAAAUACCCAAUCAACUAGGAAGUCGGGUGAACAUUCAGGUAGACUUCUGUAUGAAAAGGCGAUCAACCAGUCUGUGUCUUCAUUCAACAUGUCGGAAUCCACGGAGUUCAUAAAAUCCAACAGAGCUGAUGUGCCCGUGUGUGGACCCAUAUUUCUCCGUAUCAGCGUGGUAGCAUCCCUUGUUGUCAAUGUAACUGUUGUGACACUGGUAAUCUUCGUAGUGUUGAAGAAGGAUACAGAUGUUCCUCUACUCAACCCUGUUGCUGAAACCGGCGCUGUGUGUUUUGUUUGCGAUUAUCUUGGGCCCAGGAUCGAAUCCAACGACACGCUCUACAGUGUGGGGAGAGUAGAGAAAGAUACGUUCUGUUGCCUGAAAGAAAUGGAUGAGCUUUCUCCAACAUUUCAACAGAUGGCGAGGGCAAUAUACAAGGGAAAAGAGGAUGCACCUGUUACAUCCAGGGUUACAUCCUCGUGGAUGAAGGGAACAACUGGAGCACAUCUGUAUCUGGAUCCGGCGCCAAGAAACGGUACCACUCUGCCUUGGUAUGACCGUGGACGGACCGGCUUCGCCUACAUAUCUGGUGUUAAAUAUCAAAAUGGCCAUAUUCAUAUACCGUCAAAAGGUCGAUAUCACGUAUAUUCUCACGUGACAUACAGGCGGCAGACGAACACAAAUAAAGACAAAGUAUUCUUGCACCAGAUUGUCCGUGAACAUCCGAAACAACCGAACCUAGGGGAGGUAACUCUUCUGGUUAACAGCAACAGCUACUCCGCACAUGAGAAAUAUCAAACCAGCUUCCUGUCAGCCAUCUUGGACAUGCGCAAGAAUGACCGAGUCGCCGUCAAAGUUUCUGAUGUCUUGUCAGUUCACAAACAAUCCAUGCGUACAUUUUUCGGUGUAAGAAAACUAUAACGACCCGUAGUGACCGACUCAGUGUGAUCAGAUGUUUGAUAGGCAUUUAGAAGUUGAUGGGGUAAUACAACAACCCGGGCCAGAAAAUCCAGUGAUCUGUGAAAGAGGUUGUAGAAAAAGGUGCGUACUUCAUCAUGGUGUAAUAUGUUGCAAGGGAACACGUACUUCACGAAACUUGCUUUUCGUGUUCAUUUAAUAUAAGAAACUGCAUAUUAUUUAGUUCUGGUCUUUGUCUUCGGUUAGAGACUAGGAGUCAUAAAUAUGCUGUGGUACGCAAACCCGACACACACAAUCGGGAUCCGCAAGAACAGGAUCCUGGUGACUGAUAACAUGAACACCAUCCCGUGUUAAAAGGUGGCGCCCCCUGUUUGACGCAUAAUCAACCAAGACCAGGCGGGAUGCUUGAAUGAACCGGAGACAUACAGGAGUUGGUUCCAACAAUAAGCGGCACGAAGUGCUUCACAUAAGACAUCGGAAAUCACGCCUAUAUUC